AUGUCUCCUGAAGAACCUGGAGAGGCUGGUGAUGAUGAUACCGAGAUGAAGAUUUUUGGCGCCUCUCUGUUUUUCAUGACUCGUGAGCCCAUUCCCUUCCAAAGUUCCCUAGAAUCCAAACCAGGUAGUGCCGCACUUGAUGAAAGAUCCCGAAGUAUUACGGUGACUGCGCCAUCUAACUAUCUGCGCGCAGCUUACCAUUAA